AUGAUCACUAAUAAUCAUUAUUUUCCUCUCUCUCUCUUAAAUAAUUAUCCGCUAAUCAAAAAGAGCCUCAUCAAAUAUUAAAAACCUAAAAUCUAACCAUUCAGAGAGAGAGAGAGAGAGAGAGAGAGAGAGAGAGAGAAAGCAUGGAGUCGGAGGAGAAGAAGGAAAGUAGUAUAAGCACGGUGGAGGCAAAGUUGCCCCCAGGAUUCAGGUUUCACCCAAAAGAUGACGAGCUUGUCUGCGAUUACUUGAUGGCACGAUCGCUUGGUGACAAUAUAAAUCAAACUCCUCCUCCUCUCCUCUUGAUCCAAGUCGAUCUCAACAAGUGCGAGCCUUGGGACAUCCCCAAAACGGCAUGCGUGGGAGGGAAAGAUUGGUAUUUCUACAGCCAAAGAGAUAGGAAAUACGCGACGGGGCUGAGAACAAACAGAGCAACGGCCACCGGAUAUUGGAAAGCCACAGGGAAAGACAGAGCCAUUCUAAGAAAGAGUAAGCUUGUCGGGAUGAGGAAGACAUUGGUGUUCUAUCAAGGUCGAGCGCCCCGUGGUCGUAAAAGUGAUUGGGUCAUGCACGAGUUUCGUCUCCAGGGUUCCUUUGAUCCUCCUACUCUGAACUCUCCAGAGGUACAGGAAGACUGGGUCUUGUGCAGAGUGUUCCACAAGAACACAGAAGGAGUUUUAAGUAGAGACAACGUGGGAAGCUGUUUUGACGAGACAGCCUCCGCUUCUCUUCCUCCACUGAUGGAUUCUUACAUCAACUUUGACCAAGAGCCCUCUUCUUACCUCGGUGAUGAUCAGCACUUCAUCACCAAUGAGCAAGUGCCCUGCUUCUCCAAUUUGUCAAAGAACCAAACCCUAACCAACUCAGUCUCUGAACUCAAGAAGAACCCUAUCCCCUUGUUCACUGGUGGUUCAGCCCCCACCAGGCUCCCAGGGCUAGACUCAUUCUAUUCUUCAGAUCAGAUGGUUCUCAGAGCUCUGCUCAGCCAGCUCACUAAGAUCGAUGGAGGCAUUGAGGUUAAAGAAGCACAGAGUUAUGGGGAAGGUAGCUCCGAGAGCUUCUUGACCGACAUUGGCAUACCAAGCACUGCGUGGAAUUGAUGAUGGUCGAGUGUAGUAGUGCGAGUCAUUAUUGCUAUAUUCAUAUUCAUGAUUGGAACCAUUCUUCAAGGGGUGAGGAGUAAAGUGUGCGUGUCUGAUUGUACAAACAUUUCCCUCACUCUAGUACAACUCAUGUAAAAUACCACUUAAGACAUUAUUAUACAUAUGAAUUUCAUCA